AUUUAACCUAGAUUGUCCACGUGGUGGUAUAGUUAGUUUGGUCCAAAAAACUAGUAUUAAAACGUAAUAAGUGCUGGAAAUCCUGAGUAGCCUAGGAUAAGGAUUUCCUUAUUAAUGCAGGAUCCAAGGUAUUACUUAUAUUACUACUACUUUCUACUCAAGUAAGCUACAUUUAUAUAUAUCCAAAGAAGAACAACUCUACUUUCAUAAUACAAAACCUCCCUCAAAACCCACACAAGCUAAGAAAUCAAAGCACCACAAGGAAAGAAUGGAGCGUCUGCGUUUCUCUGUUAGAUUCGGAGAAAUCCCUGCCCAGCAACUCUACUACCCUGGCAGGAGACGAUCAUCUCUACAGAUUUUCUUCAAUCUCUCCUACCAAGUCCACCACCGGAGGAUUUUUAUAUCGCCUGAUGGUACAGUUACCAUUCUUGGAGGGGUUACCGCCGAACCAGUCACAGUUGCUUUUUGGUCUGAUAUUGAAUAUUUCAAGAACAAACACGAACGCCUGGUGUGCGAACGUCUUUCUUCUAAAUUGACUCGUUUAAGGAUCGAUUCACAACACCAUCGUAGAUUAGCUUCGGCGAUAAUCGACUUGGUCCGAACAAUGACUCCUUGGAUAUCGAAAAAGCGAAAGGCCUUGCCUUUAUUGAUUCAAGUAGAGAAAAUUCACGACGUUAUUGACAGGACAGAGGAGAUGAAUAGAGCGUUGGCAGAGUCAAGAUUGGAUUUUGAAGCAAGAAACUACGGCAUGGUGCCAACUGCACGCAAGUCAAGGCUGCUUAAGUGUGUUAAACUGCGAGAAAGCGAAGAUUGCAGUAUCUGUUUUGAAGAAAUUUCAGAAUUUGGUGCAAGCAUGCCUUGUAGUCAUCAUUUUCACGGUACUUGUAUUCUUAGAUGGCUGGAGAAUAGCCAUUAUUGUCCUAUUUGCCGUUUUGAGAUGCCUACUGAUCAGACAUAAUGUACUAAUCAAGUUUCUGGUAUGGGUUAAUUGGAUUUUUGGGUUUUGCUCAAUUUGUAAACAUGAGAACAUAUUUCAAAGUAUAAUUGUAAUUGAUGAUCUUUUUGAAUUGUAAUCAUAUAUCGAUAUAUUUUUCUUUGUUAA